AUGGCGAAACCAGCACACAUGUCGAUGGGAGCCUACUGGGCGAAUCCGGAGGACUACGAUAGCGCAGACGCCUAUGUGCGCGCGCGCAACGACCAGCUCGACGUGUACGGGGUGCUGAUGGACCCGUUUACGCCGCUGCACACCUACUCGGGCGUGCUGCCGGUGCGCGAGCUGACGCUUCCCCCGUGGACGUGGCAGGGGGCCAUGGCCAAGAUGAAAGCCUUCUUCCACGCGGGGCCGCUGCUGCUGACGGGCGAUGUCCCCGAGAUCCUUGUUCCGGGAAGAGAGCUGACCAGCGAUGCCGUGGUGUUGCCUGAGAUUGACGACAAGAUCAAACCAAUUGGCUUGCCAGCGGUGGCGAGUGGGGAUUGGGCGUGGCUGCAGCCUUACGAGCCGGCCGAGGAAGAGGAAAAGCUAACGGGGGUGCACCGGGGGAUAGGGCUGUCGGAGGAGGAGGCGCGGGAGCGGUUCAUGCCGCUGCCGGUAAAGGCCGAAGACGAGCGGGCCAGGUUCGACGAGGGUCUGUAUACGGCAGUGGAGGGAUACGUCAUGAUGGUCGGAAGGAAGGAAGACAAAUCCUGA